AAAAAAAUCAAAUGCAGUGCCCGCAGAUUAUAAUUAGCUAUUCUGUACCACUUUUUGUCAAUUUAAGUAACAAUUUUUGUUCAUGUCAGUGGUAAACUUUUCUCGUCCUCAUACUCCUCACAAAACGAACAAGGUCUAGUACUGAUCUUGGUUGUCAUCUUCCUAUGCAUCUCGUCUUCUUCAUCACUGUACAUAUGUCUUCGCUGUAUGUUAGAUUGUUCCGCCAUUUCCUGUAAACUCUCACCCCUCAAGUAAUCUUUCUUUCACAAUUUCAAAAUCUGCUCAAUAAUUUCAAAUCUCUAUUUUUGGCGCCCUAUUAUCUUCUCUAACUAUUCUUACAGACUGCAAUUAUCAGCUUAAAAAUGAUGCAAUCUUCUUUUUCUUCUGUUCAAAGAGCACCAAAUGCACAUCCUUUCGCACACACCAGCAAGCAUUUGCCGUCAAUUGCAAAUCCCAUCACCCAUUUUCUCUCUCUUCCCAACAAACACUCAAAGUUGCAGACUUCAUCUUCACUCAAAUUAAGAUGCCAAAUUGAUGAUUUUCCGACUAAUUUGAGAAACCCCAUAUCAUUUCCUGCUACCCAAAAACGUUUUCUUACUCCUAAACCUAAGAAUGAGACAAAUCAAUGUACUCCGCUUCUCUGCGGCAAUUCGUCGAACAGCUUGAGUGCAAGGAGCAAAUCAUCGGUCAGGGUGAUCAUUGAAGCUAUCAGUGAUGCGUUUUCGACUGCGUUUCCGAUAUGGGUUGCUUUAGGAUGCUUGAUUGGACUUUUGAAGCCGAGUUCUUUCAGCUGGGUCACCCCACAAAUGUCUAUAUGGGGUUUGACUAUUACUAUGUUGGGUAUGGGCAUGACACUUACUUUGGAUGAUUUGAGUGGGGCAUUUUCUAUGCCUAAAGAAGUGAUUGCCGGUUUUUGUCUUCAGUACUCGGUGAUGCCAUUGUCAGGAUUCUUUGUCAGCAAACUUCUAGGGUUGCCAUCCCAUUAUGCAGCUGGCUUAAUAUUAGUUGGCUGUUGUCCUGGUGGGACAGCAAGUAAUAUUGUCACCUACAUUGCCCGUGGAAAUGUUGCUCUUUCAGUUCUGAUGACAGCAGCAAGCACAUUUUCAGCCGUGGUCAUGACUCCCUACCUCACUGCUAAACUUGCUGGACAAUAUGUCGCAGUUGAUGCAGCUGGACUUUUGAUGUCAACGCUGCAGGUUGUGUUGCUUCCUGUGUUAGCUGGCGCGUUUUUAAAUCAGUAUUUCCAGGGCCUUGUAAAAUUUGUUUCUCCUUUGAUGCCACCCGUUGCUGUGGGGACUGUGGCUCUUCUUUGCGGAAAUGCAAUUGCUCAGAGUUCUUCUGCAAUCAUGAUGUCUGGUGUGCAAGUUGUGAUAGCUUGUUGUCUACUUCAUUCAUCUGGAUUUUUCUUUGGUUACAUGCUUGCAAGGUUGCUUGGAAUUGAUAUAACUUCGGCUAGGACCAUAUCAAUAGAGGUUGGAAUGCAGAAUUCGGUUCUUGGACUAGUGCUUGCAAAUCAGCAUUUUGGGAAUCCAUUGACUGCAGUUCCUUGUGCUGUCUCUAGUGUUUGUCACUCAAUUAUAGGCAGUGCUUUGGCGGGAAUCUGGAGAUACUACACUCCUAAGGAGACGGAACAGUGAAUUGCCUCUGAAUUAGUGAAUCUCUGAUUUACUAUUCAACCUGCAUGUAAUUAUCUUCUCCACGUUCUCUUCAUAGUUCAUACUCUACUGCUUGAUAUAUUUAUAUUUAACUUGGAAAAUGUGAAGUAAAUGUAUGUCUGGAAAGCUCUAACAAUAUUAUUGAAGUAGGAUUCUUUGAAUAUCUUUUUAUUUUGAAAUAAACACCUGAUAUUGUAUGUCCAAGUUACAAAGUAA